AUGUCAACAAAUGUUAUUACAAAAAAAAAUUCAACAACAUCAACCACCAAUACAUCUAAUACAACAUAUCUUUCAAUGAUGACACCUAAUGUUUCUAGUACUAAUGUCACAAAUACUAGCACUAAUAAACGACGUGAAGGUUCAACUGGUGAAGAUUCCGGUGUUCAAAUAGAUCACGAUAGUAUAAUUAAAAAUGCUCAUCUAUCGAUAACUAACUCCUCAAAUAUAGUGCCUUCUUUAUUAUUAUCAUCAUCAUCAUCAUCAUCAUCAUCAUUAACAUCAAAAACAAUCGGCACAACGACGGCGCCGAAUCCCAAUUCCGUAACUACUUUUAGUAGCAAUAGUACGAUGGUCACAUCAUCGACUCUUAUUCCACCAUCUGUGGAUACUAAAACAUCAUCAUUAUUACCUCGUAAAACGUCAAAUGCAUCAAGUUCAGGUACUUUUUCUGAAGUAUCUCGUUCAUUUGGUCAUGAAGAAAAUUCUGCAGAUUCAUUAUAUGGUUUAACAUCAUCAUCAUCGUCAUCCCAUUAUAUUAUUAAAUGUACUCUAAAUACAACAACAACAACACCAACAAUUACUAAUACAAAUACAUCAUCGAUGUCGACUACGUUGCCGACGUUAUCACCACCGGUGAUAUUGACACCACGUGUUAAAGUAACUGUUCAACAACCAUCAAUAACAACAUCAUCAUCACGUAUUGAUUCAUCAGCUGAAUCAAUUCCAUCAUCAUCAUUUCUUAAAACUCCAACAUCAAAUAUUUUACCUAUACUUUCACCAUCAUCACAUACGACAACAAGUGCAGCAUCAAGUGCACCCGAAUUUUCUAUAAGUGGUACAUCAAGUAUUGAUGAUUCAGAAGAAUUAGCAUUAUAUGAACAAUAUCUUUCAAUAUCUUAUGGACGACAAUCAAAUCCUUCACCUGAAAUACGUAAAAUAACUGUUGACGAUGUAACUAAAAUACAACAAAGAACAUUACCUCGUAGUAAAAGUGAAGCAAAUACUUUACCAAUAGAACAAUCACAAUCACAGCAACAACAACAACCACAGCAACGACAACGACAACAAACAAUAACUAGUCAAAUAAAACCGGUAAGCAAAUUUUCUUCUUAUGAUCUGACAUUUUGUUAG